CACGAUCGUAGCACGCGACCGCCACGCCUCGCAAUACUUCGUAUACCUAGCUACUAAGCACGUGCUCCCACCCAAAAUGUCCAACAUCGACGAAGACUCCGUGGAUGAAAUUCUCUACCUUGCGCGCGCCAACGAGGCCAGCGAGCUCGACCAAUUCCUCACGACUCUCUCGACAAAAGUAUCGAAACCCAAGGAUCAGAUACUCGCACAGGCGGCCGACUCGUACUCGCAAAAUACAGCGCUGCACUAUGCUGCGGCGAAUGGACACAUCGAUAUUGUAAAACUCCUUCUAUCAACAUCGAGCUCGAAGCCAGCGCCUUUCCUGAACCUCACUAAUGCGUCCGGCAACACACCACUACACUGGGCAAGCCUGAAUGGGCAUCUAGAAGCAGCUAAGCUGCUCAUUGAGGCUGGUGGGGAUGUUACAAUCUUCAAUAAGGCUGGACACGACGCUGUUUUCGAGGCAGAGGUGAACGAGAAGAAGGAGGUGGUCGAUUGGCUACUGGGGCACGUAGAGGCGCUGGAGAAGAGUGUUGGUGGCGGUGCAAUCAAUGGCGAAGGCAGUGCAGGCCGUGAAGAGGAGAUGGUGUUCAAAGCUGGAGACACGAGUGGGCUCAUGGAGGACGUCACCGAGAAGAUGGGGGAGAUGCAGACCAAAGAUACCCGGCAAAAGUGAGCGUCCUGCGGCAAGAAGAGGCGGCUGCUUAUUACGACGUCCCAAUAGACUGGGACGAGGUGCGGCUGAACAUGAUAUCGUAUCAGACGUCUCAGUAUUGGCGCCGAGGGUGAACAACACAACAUGGAGUGCACUUGUGUUUCACGGGAACAAGAUACAGUUGCAUUACUCGUACAGAACAAGCCGCGCACAACAGCUCCCAAUCAGUGGGAAGAAUGGUUGGUCGUGUCAACGGAAACGAUACAGAAGGUCAACCAAUAGCCUUUGGUAGAUGAUGGUGUUGCUGUAGAAGACGGACGUAAGACAACUGUCGGCGAUCACUCUGCACCCUAUGCGUACUAUCCUACCUGGAGUUCCAACACGCAAUCUUUCGAAC